GACGUUGCUGUGCCGACCGUGAGCACAGAGGACAAAACAACACUGGUCAAAGGGCUCCAACCUCCAUCCACAUUCUCCUAUAGUAUCCAACAGCGCAUGAAAAACUCACACAACCACCCCAACAUUGAGGCGGAUUCUGCAUCUUAUCCCCAGUGUCAAGCAACUCCUGCUUGCUGUCCCCCUUCAACUCUUGCACACCAUGGCAGCGAGGAUCGUGGAUCUGUGCCCAUCAGAUAACGAUGAGCUUCCGUUGGCGGACAAGGUCGUGCCUGCUCCAGGGAGCUCCGUCAGGAACAUGAUGAUGGACAAUCGUCCCAAGUCACCGACUAGGAUGCUAGUCCCCAAGUCAGCCACAAAGUCAGUCAACCGCAAAAUCCGGCGGUUCGAAAACCCCCAAUCGUCGGCCACAAGCAACAUCCUCUUCAAGCGAUGCGAGGGCCCAAAUGAGUCUCCUAGGAGGUCACCCUCGAAGAAGAGCUUCCUUUUUGAUGAGACUCCGAGAAAACCUUCAGCCAACAGAUCCAUCUUUGACGAUGAGUCUCCGCCCGCGAUGAAUCGAACCAUCAAAGCAAGGAAGCACAGGUUCGCGCCUAUCUCUGAGACUGAGGAGUUGGGCGACAAGGGCCGCUUUAACGACGCCAUUGACGAUCUACUUCAUGGAACAACGGCUCGAGUCAACGAUGUCUCGAGUCUACAGGAUAUCCCACCAUCCAACACUGUGUCCCAAGAGGAGCCAGAGCAUGAGAACAGUCUGGACCAAAUGGAUGAACAGAUUGAUGUUCUUACUUUCAACGAUGAGGCUUCCCCAGCUGCUACAACUGUUCCAGGUGGUACAGCAGAUGCGGACAAAUCGCAUCAAGGAUCCGUGUGUGCGGGGACAGAUGGCGAGACCAGCUUGGACUUCUUUCUAGACGACUCCAACACUACCCUAAGCAGCUCCAGCGCUUCGACCAACCCUGCAGACUCGACCCAAGACGACUACAGCGUUCACGUUGACCGGGCCUUGCAACCUAAGAGUCAGGACCAGUUAAACCAAAACCUGAGCCGCCCGGCAAGGCCUGCUCAAGUGUCCACGGUGGACCUCACGAAUGCUCUAGGGAUGCUGGACUUGGACGCAGAUGGCCGAGGCGACCAAGAAAAUGGUCCAUUUUCAACACCACCUGCGACACCGGGAAAACAAGCUAAGCCGAACAGGCUUUUAUCGCCCUCAAAACGUGCAGCUCUGAUCCCGAAAACGCCUCAUCGCCCAUCUACGGAUGCAUUUUGGGACCAGGAGGAUGUAAAUAUUUGGAACGAGAAGCACUCUCCGCGAAAGCUGAUCUUGCCGCCUGUACUCAAAAGUCCAGCAAAGCAGCCUCAAAGCCCCCGAAAGCAAGAGAGACGAGAGUUUGAGCUCAAGAGACAUGCGUUGGCUGAUGAAUUCCUGCGGGAACUGGACCGAACCGUCACACAGGGUCAGAUUAGCCGGCUGGCAGACUCAACAGGAGGCGUGAAGGUCAUUUGGUCCAAGACUCUCAACACGACCGCCGGCCGAGCCAACUGGCGGCGAGAGAAGAUACGAUCGCACAAUGAUGGAGCUGGCGAGGCGGAAUGCAAGUACUACCACCAUGCUUCCAUCGAGCUGGCCGAAAAGGUCAUCAACGAUGAGGACAAGCUGCUGAACACACUUGCGCAUGAGUUCUGCCACUUGGCAAACUUCAUGAUCACUGGCAUGACUAGCAAUCCUCAUGGCAAGGAGUUUAAGGUAUGGGCGUCCAAAUGCUCUCAGGCUUUUGGUGCGCGCGGAGUCAAUGUGACCACCAAGCACAGCUACGAGAUCGACUUCAAGUACGUCUGGGAGUGCACCACAUGCGGCAUCGAGGUCAAGCGUCACUCCAAAAGUGUCGACCCCAAGAAGCACCGGUGUGGAUCCUGUAAGAGCACUCUCAAGCAGACCAAGCCGACUCCGAGGGGUAGUGGGAAGCCCAGCGAGUAUCAGCUGUUCGUCAAGGAGCAGAUGAAGGUGGUGAAGGACGAGAACCCAGGGAUUGCGCAGAAGGACGUGAUGAAGGCCGUUGCAGCCAAAUGGGCGAAGCGAGGUGAAGUCAAAUCAGCUGGCAAGGUCGACGCGGAGGUCGAGGUUCUCGGAGCACGCAUCCUGGACCUCACAGUAUGAGGUCUUGUCGCAUUUUGAGCAUAGCGAUGGCGUUAUCAGUGGAUAUAUUUGUCUGUUCGUGUCACCAUACGUCGUCCAUAGAGUCGAUAAUUGCAUAGAUGACAAUUUGGGGAUCAAAUCAUUCCUCAUUAGCGAUCGUUCCCUCACUGGUUACUGCCCAAACAGUCCCCAGUCCUUGAUCUUGAACGAUUCCCAGAUGCGCGCCGAAAUUUCAACGGCAUUCCCAAUCAGC